GCCUAUGCAAAGGUACUGAAAGAUUUGUGUACUCACAAACGUAUCACUAUUGUGCCCAAAAAGGCAUUCUUGGCAGGUAACAUUAGUUCCAUAAUUACUCAGCCUAUAGCAGCCAAGUAUAAGGAUCCAGGGAGCCCUACCAUAUCUUGUGUCAUAGGCAACACCUACAUUGAGCAUGCCUUACUUGACCUUGGUGCAAGUGUGAAUCUUUUACCUUACCAUGUGUACAAGCAACUAGGUCUAGGAAGACCAUUCUUGGCUACCAGUAAUGCAUUAAUCAAUUGCCAGAAUGGUUUCCUAAGAUUAUCUUUUGGUAACCAAACUGCUGAGUUUAACAUGUUUAGGAUUGGUAAGCAACCACAUAUGGAAGAAGAGAUCAAUAUGCUUGAGGAUUUUCUGGAUUUUUCUGAUGAUUUAGUUACCAACUUUGAUAUUGAUUUUGAUUCAGAAUUCCAAGAGUGUAUGGAUGAGUUGGAUGAUGAUAGUGACAAUUUCUUUUCUGAACUCUUGAGUCUUCACACACUUAUGGAGCCCUUACGACCCCUUUCCAAUUCCAUUCCCAAACAUUCCAUAGUUGAGCCCCCUAAGCUAGAUCUUAAGGAGUUGCCAUCUAAUUUGAGAUAUGCUUUCCUAGGGCCUGACCAGACUCUUCCUGUAAUAAUUUCUUCAAAUUUGACUUCUAGCCAGGAAGAUGGAUAUUCCAGCUAUAACCAAAUCUCAAUUGCUUUAGAGGACCAACAUAAGACCACUUUUACAUGCCCAUAUGGAACAUUUGCUUACAGGCGUAUGCCCUUUAGGCUUUGCAAUGCCCCUGCUACGUUCCAACGAUGCAUGAUGAGCAUUUUUUCUGACAUGGUUGAAAAAUUCUUAGAAAUAUUUAUGGAUGACUUUUCAAUUCAUGGGAAUUCCUAUUCUGAAUGUCUUCAUCAUCUUUCCCUAGUUUUGAAAAGUGAUAAUUCUGCUCUCAGAUACCUAGUUCAGAAGAAGGAUGCCAAAGCCCAUCUUGCAUGUGGUGGACACUUUGGAACUAAGAAGACUGCUGCAAAGGUUCUCCAAUGCGGAUUUUAUUGGCUAACACUUUUUAGAGAUGCUUUUGAUUUUUGCAAGGCUUGCCCCUCCUGCCAGUCUUUUGGCCGUAUCAAUAAGAGGAACAUGAUGCCCCUCAACCCUAUUUUGGUAGUUGAGAUCUUUGAUGUAUGGGGCAUCGAUUUUAUGGGACCAUUCCCUAAUUCCUUUGGGAAUUUGUACAUACUUUUGCCCGUUGAUUAUGUUUCUAAAUGGAUAGAGGCCAUACCUUGUAAAUCUAAUGACCACAAAGUGGUGGUCCAGUUUCUCAAAGAGAACAUUUUUUCCCGCUUUGGUGCACCACGUGCAAUAAUUAGUGAUAGGGGUACUCAUUUUUGUAAUCGGCCUUUUGAGGCCUUAAUGAAAAGGUAUGGGGUCACUCAUAAGUUAUCUACCCCUUAUCACCCCCAAACUAGUGGUCAAGUGGAGGUGUCUAAUAGGCAGAUCAAACAAAUCUUGGAGAAAACUGUUAAUCCCAACUGUAAGGAUUGGUCCCUUAGGCUCAUUGAUGGCUUAUCAUUCAGAUCUGAAGAUGGAGGAGAGUCUAUACAGAAGCAGGAAAGCGAAGUGAAGAAAGAUGAGCAAAAUCCUUUCCUGGAGAAGAAACGAAAUGAUCCUGGCUCCAAGCAGGAGAACCUAAUUGUGGCAAGUCCUUGGAGAUAUGUUGGGAACACUUUGCAUAGAAGAGCCUCUGAAGAGCCAUGUCAUGAUCAACUUGUAGGUGUGGGUGGUUCUCUCUUAGCCAAUGAGAUCGGGGUGGAUCAUGGUUUUCUUGAGGACAAACUGCACAACUAUGCUCAUCUGCGCUUCUUCCUGUUGAGCCAGAUUGGCUGUUGUCUGUUGCGGAGGGUUUCUUGUGAUGAUUUGGUUCUUCAGUCACCAUCUCCGGCGGAGUUGGAUGAAGAUCGGAUCUAG